UGAGCAUGCGCUAUUGUGUCUCCAGUCAAGUCCGUACAUAUGUAAGACAAAAUCCUUCUGUAGCUAUAGACAUUGCUGUCUGACAUCCACUGUCGUGGUAGAAUACAAGAUCAGGUAUUUUCUACUAAGAACUGGACCUACACAUCUAGAGCUCCUUUCGGUUUUAUUUUAAGGUUAUUUUCGGGUUUAGCUUUAGCCUAUCCAACCCUACCGGACACGGGGACUCUAACCCUGACGGGAAUCGAGUCCUGUCGGUUCUCCUUCCCCAAGGCAGCUCUCUCCUCUCUCUCCAUCUCUUUCUCUCUCGCUUCUCCCACCUGCCCCCUCCUCUCCCUCUUUCACCCCUUCCACACAGAUGCACCCCGCUGCCCAGCUCGACAGGAGCGAUGGGAUGUGUCAACUAGUAGAUGACACAGUCCUGGACCAUGUAAGGGAGCUGAAGGAUCAAUCUGCAGUGUUUCUACCGGAGCGAGCGAGGGAAGAGGAGGAAAAUAGAGGAAUGGGCGUGGGGAAGAAUACCACCUCUAUGUCGAUGGAGGGAGGAGAAGGGGGAAUGUAUGAGGAGGAGAACAAACACAGCGCAGACUUCUACCCCAUUCCGGUGGUGGUGAACGGAGUGGAACAGGCCACUGGAGAGCAGGACACUGAAGACACUGAACUGAUGGCAAUCUACACUAAAGAGAACCAGGAAGGAGAGAAGAGUUCCAUGUCGGAGACAUUGGACAGUGCAGACAGUAUGGACGCCAGGAGAAUGGACAUGAUCUACACCAUCGAAGACACACCUCCCUGGUACUUGUGUAUAUUCCUGGGCUUACAGCACUACCUGACCUGUUUCAGUGGCACCAUCGCAGUGCCGUUCCUGCUAGCUGAAGCCAUGUGUGUAGGGUUUGACCAGUGGGCUACCAGUCAGCUCAUAGGAACUAUCUUCUUCUGUGUGGGAAUUACCACCCUGCUACAGACUACACUGGGCUGCAGGCUUCCUCUGUUCCAGGCGAGUGCAUUUGCCUUCCUGGCUCCCGCCAGAGCAAUCCUGUCACUAGACAAGUGGAAGUGCAACGCUACAGUGGUUCCACCCAUGUUCAACGAAACCGAGCUGUUCAACACUGAACACAUCUGGCAUCCCCGAAUACGAGAGAUCCAGGGAGCUAUCAUUGUGUCGUCUCUGAUAGAGGUGUGUAUCGGCUUCCUGGGGCUUCCAGGGCUCCUGUUGAAAUACAUCGGCCCUCUGACCAUCACCCCAACUGUGGCCCUCAUCGGCCUUUCUGGCUUCCAGGCUGCAGGGGAGAGAGCAGGGAAACACUGGGGCAUCGCCAUGCUGACUAUAUUCCUGGUGUUGUUGUUCUCUCAGUAUGCGAGGAACGUACAGCUUCCUCUGCCCAUCUACAAGGCUAAGAAAGGAUGGACCUCUUAUAGAUUACAGCUCUUCAAGAUGUUCCCUAUCAUCAUGGCCAUCCUGGUGUCAUGGCUGAUCUGUUUCAUCUUCACUGUAACCAACGUUUUCCCGCCUGAGAAAGACAAGUACGGUUACUACGCCCGCACUGACGCACGCCAGGGGAUACUGGCAGCUGCACCUUGGUUCAAGAUCCCCUACCCCUUUCAGUGGGGUGUUCCUACGGUAACAGCGGCAGGGGUGAUAGGUAUGUUCAGUGCCGUGGUCGCUAGCAUCAUCGAGUCCAUCGGGGACUACUACGCCUGUGCCCGACUCUCCUGUGCCCCCCAACCCCCUGUUCACGCCAUCAACAGGGGUAUAUUUAUGGAAGGUCUGUCCUGCGUGUUGGAUGGGCUGAUGGGGACAGGAAACGGCUCUACUUCCUCCAGUCCUAAUAUAGGCGUGCUGGGCAUCACUAAGGUAGGCAGCCGACGUGUGAUCCAGUACGGUGCUGCUAUGAUGCUGCUGCUAGGGCUGGUGGGUAAAUUCAGUGCAUUGUUCGCCUCCCUGCCUGACCCUGUCCUGGGGGCGCUGUUCUGUACCCUGUUUGGGAUGAUCACAGCUGUGGGACUGUCCAACCUGCAGUUUGUAGACCUCAACUCCUCCAGGAACCUCUUUGUUUUGGGCUUCUCCAUCUUCUUUGGCCUGGUGCUGCCCAGCUAUCUCAAACAGAACCCUCUGGUCACUGGUAUAGUGUCGCUAGACCAGGUGUUGAACGUGCUCCUGACCACAGCCAUGUUCGUAGGGGGGUCAGUGGCAUUUGUGCUGGACAACACUAUCCCUGGUACCAAGGAGGAGCGAGGGAUCGGGAAGUUGAAGCGAGGGUCGGGACCCAGUGCUGCGGAGCUGGAGGGGAUGAGAACCUACGACCUCCCGUUUGGCAUGGACUUCCUCCGUCGUCACACCAUCUUCCAGUACUUCCCCAUCAGCCCCACCUUCAGUGGCUACCAGUGGAGCGCAAUCCGCAAGGCCUGCAGACGUAGGGGUGGACGUGGGGAGGCAGGGAAGGCAGCAGAGAUGGAGAGAGUCACAGAACCAGGGGAGAGCGGGGUAUAGCAGACGGGUAGAAACGGGGUGGAGGGGAGGGGGAAGGGAUGGAGCUUGGAACCAUGGAAGGGAGGAGAGGGAUGGAAGGGAGGGGUGGAGUUUUUGGGUUGCGUCAGUGCAGUGUGACAUGCUCAACCCUGUCUGUGUGUCUGUAGAACUCCCUGUUUAUGCCCUAUCAUGCUGUUAUCAGCAUGUUAUAACAGGUGACAUUAGAGUGUUAUAAUGUCCUUAUAGAGGAGGGUUCAGGUGGAGUUGCAACACUCUCUGGCUCUCGUCUCUACCUAGUAUGUGUGCAUAAGAGCCGUGUAUUAGACAGCCCCUUUAUUGAGGUCCCUGUCUUCCUAAUACAGUAUUUCUACUGGGUCGUCAAGUUAAAGCACUUAUUUUCAAGGUCAACCUGUCUACAUUCAUUCCAAGAAAUAAAAGGUUUCUUCUCAGCCGUUGAACCAAAAUACUCUUAAUAUAUUACACUCCCAGGGGCUCUGCGUGAGUGUGUGUAUGCCCACCCAUGACAUUGUGAUGGGGUUGUGUGUGUCACUUGCGCUGGCGCAUUCCCUGUUUAAGGACAGAGAUGGACAGAUGGAUGGACAGUAUCUCAUUUACAACAAACGUUUUAAAGCUGAAUCAUUGACACCUUACAGACCCAAUGAAAAUCAGACGAAGCUAGUCAGCCCUGUUUAGCAAACCUACACUGCCCGCGGUGGUUAUGGGAAAUGUAGUCCUGUUGAAAGGGAACUGGAUGAAAGUUGGAGAGGCUUGAUGCAAAUUCACAUUACACUAAUAAUUUGCCUGCACACUACAUUUACACAUGCACACUAGCAAGCACAAGCUUAAUGGCAUGCAGAUAGGCAAGGUCAUGCAGAUAGUGUAGAUGCAAGUGGCUUGUCAAAUGGCAGACCUUAGCCGUGCAAAGUGAUUGAUCUUCGUUUCGCACUAUUAGUCGCAAGAGUUAAUGCACAGAAUCUUAGCUGAAACCUGCUCCUCUAGUUGGCUUCUACCCACAUAACAUGGCCACACUUCAAACACAACAGACCAGACAAUGUCAUCCACUGGACGAAGGGCCCUCAGUCCUGUAACCCUAGACACUUCUCCUAGUGCCCUAGUCCUAGACACUUCUCCUAGUGCCCUAGUCCUAGACACUUCUCGUAUCACCCUAGACACUUCUCGUAUCACCCUAGACACUUCUCGUAUCGCCCUAGUCCUAGACAUUUCUAAAUGACCUCUCAUAGAUCUGAAGGAGAAUGGAUGUCAGUAUCCUGGUAAAAGCUCCUUCUAGCUCUCUAAAGGGCUAGUUACAUUUACAUUUUAGUCAUUUAGCAGACGCACUUAUCCAGAGUGACUUACAGUAGUGAAUGCAUACAUUUCAUACAUUUGUUUUUUUUCCCGUACUGGUCCCCCGUGGGAAUCGAACCCACAACCCUGGCGUUGCAAACACCAUGCUCUACCAACUGAGCCACACGGGACCCUAGUACCACUGAUUACACUGGUCUGUUUCUUUCAAUCCAGCAGUUGCCAUGAAGAAGUGUCUAGGCCAGGGGUAAGAGCUAGGGCUGUGGACGAGGGCUUGAUUUAGGACUGGGAAUGUUGAUGUUCACCCAGUCAGCUUGCAAGCCUUACUGUGUCAGUAUUAUCUUUAGCAUCGUUAACACAUGCCACCAAAACCAGCUCUCUCCUGAACGCAUACACCCUCAGCCAGCUGCUGUUAUUACAACUGGAAUUAAUACGGCAUUUGAAGGUUGACUUAUAAACUGCUUAUAAGCCAUUAUUGCAUAAUUGAAUUAGUAUUAACUGCUUACAAGUCAUUGUUGUAAGAUUUAUUAACAUGUAUUACCUGUAAGGACCUAUAAUCAUGAAAAACAGACUAUACAAUGUAAUAGUUAACAAACUGUAACAAUGUUCAUGAGCAGUUCAUAAGGACACUUUCAAAAACUUUUUCAAAUUUGUACUUUGUUUAGAGAGGCUACACCGAUGUAGCGCGAAGCAGAAUGCACUUGGUUAGCUAGUUGUGCGAUCACAAUGUAGUUUUUGAAAUGCAGACCUUUUUCUAUCUCACUGAUGUCCUUCAUUUUGUUAUUGUGUUCGAUUCAUACUUAGUCUAGUGUUCUGUAGUGUUUGUGAGCACAUUCAUGGUGGUAUAGGUGGUGUGACCACUGCCCAGGCCACAACCCAAGUGAAAAUCAUGCUAUGAUAAAGGCUUACAUGCAGAGUCACACCAGUGCAUGGUUUACAAAGGAAGGAAAUGGAGAGACGCUCCACAGAUUUAGCUAGGGAAAUUACCAGAAAGAUGCUUUGAAAUCUUUUGUACCCAGAUGCCUGACAAAGUGAGAGAAAAGAGGUGAUUUUUAUAGUACCAACCCCCUAUCCCCCCACCCCCAAUCCCCUCUACAUCACUCACCUGCCUCACCCUCCCUUCUUCCAUCCUCACAUCAACUGUAGGAAUCUGCACCUCAACUUCAAAUACAACUUUAUUUAUAGUUCCUGUAACAUACAGUACAGGUCACACCUCACAAGUUGAAUGUCCUCUAAUGACUGACUACACAUUCAGUGGACCAGUAAAUAUCAUUCUAAAGACUAUUGCCAGGUAGUGCUCCCUGACUGUGUGUGUUCACAUGUUUCAGAGCUGGGGUCAAGUUCAGGUCAAGAAUUCAAAAACUGAGUGUGCGUCAGAAAUGGCACCCUAUUCCCUAUAUAGUGCACUGUACUACAUAGAGAAUAGAGUGCCAUUUGCGACACAAUGAGUGUGAUUGACAUGGAGAUGACCCUCUGGAACCUCUGCUAUGUGUGUCUGGACUGGAGCGCUGUGUUUUACUAUGUGAGCCGUCAUCUAUAGAAAAGCCAUGGUUGAUUGUUGAGGUAGGGUUGAAUUGGGAGUCCUUCUGGCCAGUAUAGUUGUCUAUUAUAAGACUACAUAACAUAGUUGACUUAAAAAGAUGCACAGAUAUGCAUGAUUGUGAUCUUUGCAGAACCAAAAUGCAAAAGAAGCACCUGUCCUUUCUUCAUUCUUUCUCAUCAACUAUUUCUCUUACUCUUCGCUGCACCAAAACAAUGAGCGGCGAUAGUCACUGGUUCAGACAUGUAGAAAUGUAAACCAUUUUAAGUAACAUUUCAGAUUGACUUGGAUUUAUCUCGUUUGUUGUUUUAUUUAUUUAUGAUUAGUAAGAAAGUCAGUGUUUAGUGGAAUGUAUGUGAAGCCAAUUUGUGUGCCUUAUGCACAUUGUCAGAAAGACAUUUAUCAGUUUUGAGUUUACUUGUUAGUUUACUGGCCCUAUUAGAAUGUUAUUCAGAUUUUCCACUGAGAUACUGAUAUUGUUAGUCCCCACAGGCAGCAGGUUAAAGUUACCUUUGGAUACUGAUCACAGAUCAGUUUAGUGUUUUCUCCCUUAAUGAGUAUGGUUAGAAUUUGUUGUGACUGGUCCUAUAUCUGUGCCUAAGGACAUCUUAUACAACAAGCUCUAUGGAGGGAGAGGCUCCAGCAUGUACUCUUAGAACCUGGACAGAGAAAAGCAACAUUCUUACCAAAAUCAUAUAAUCACACAAGGUGCUCUUACAAUAAGUCAUUCCAUGCAUGUUAUAUUUUUAUGAAAACCCUUUUGAACUGGACAUGGCUCAGUUAGGGACCCGGGGGGGGGAGAGUGAAGAGGUUGAAGAGAGGGCAGUCUAGAACAGGGGCUCUCAAACUUUUUAGGUCUUGGGACCCCUUUUGUGAUGUCAAAUUUAUCAGGGACCCCCCUCAUAAUCAGAUCACAACUCGAGUGAGCUGAAAAUUUGCAUACAAGGAAGAACCAAAUCUUGAACCCUGGAAAGGAACAGUUUAAAGGCCCAUCUCUUGGCAUCAGAGAGAAAAUGUUGCAGUUUUUCAAGCAAAUUUCCUGCAGUUCUACACAUUUUGUCACGGGGAAGAGAUUUUUUUGUUGCAGCUUUAAAGCUAAUAUCCUGCAAUUCUAAACAUGUUGCCAUGAAGCAUGUUUUUUGCUGCAGUUUUAAAGCUUAAAUUACAGUGCAUUUAUAUAUAUAUAUUUUUUUUUUAAAUCAUUUUUGGGAAUAAAAGGAAGUAAUUGAUUUGAACAAAUCUACUGUGGAUACCAAUAUUCCUGUGAGCCUUCCAAACCCAUGUUGCCAAGGGUUAAGAACAUAAAUUAUAUAUUAAUGUUACAUUUUAUUAUAUUGUAUUACACCCUCAACUUAUUCCAUGGAUCACUUGGCCAAAAUGUGUUUAAUCUGUUAGUAAUAUUCAUUAAAAAAAUCAAUUUUUUAAAAUAUUUAGUUUCAUAUGUUUUGAAAUCUGUCCACAGACCCCUUGCAGUGCCGCCGGUCCCCACUUUGAGAACCCCUGGUCUAGAAGACCUGUUCUAAUAGCAGGGUUCUGAGAACACCUUGAACAUUUUGCUCUAAACAGACUAACUAUAGAAGAGGGUAGUCAAUGGUUUUGUACUGCAGCAUGCUUGAUUCUGCUUAGAUGGUGUUGUGACACAGUUUACCCAGUGAGAAAGUGUUCCCUUGUGGCUUCACAGGCCAUACUGCCUUUCUGUGCUCCGUAGAGCUAGGAACAGGGGAUACGAUAGAUGUAAUAGACCAAACCUUCAACUUGCUGUCUUUUGAAAGGGGGAUGGGGAGUGGGACAGGAGGGGUGUAUUCUGCCACUUCUUGUGGUGAAAUAACUUUGUACACACACAUGCAUAUUCUAUAAUGCAAUUUCUAUGACAUCACCACACGCUAAUGCAACUAGCAGAGAUUUUUCCGUUGUUUCCUUCCCCCUUCUCAUCGCUUCCUCAUCAUCCUCCAACCCCUCCCCUCAACACCUGCAGUGCAGAUAUGGUGUUAGUGUCCUCUCCGUUUUAGUGUACCUGUAUUCUCUAUUGAAAUCUCGAUGUUGUUGAAUGCAGGAAUAGACACUGGUUGGCCACCUUUAGAGUCUUUGGAUCCAGGGCAAGGCUCACUGAUCUAAGGUCAGUUUUGCAUUCCUCCUGACUAAUAGUUAAUGUUAGGAUUUGGAGUGAGUAAACUGUUCCUAGAUCGGUGUCAAAGGGCAUCUUCCACCCAAAGUGCUGAUCGGUACUUAGCUUGUUUUGACUUUAAAGAUAUAUAUUUAGUUUGUAUUGCAUGGACCUCCUUGGUGCUGAUAGAAUCUUCUCACAGCAUGGAUAGUUUUUUUUUUUUUUACAGAAUUAUACACCUAAAACUAUGUUAAAUAAUACUACAAUAGAAACCAGGGGUACAUCUGAAAUGGUUUACUAUUUCCCAUGUAGAGCACCACUGACUCUGGAAAGUAGCGCACUAGGGGAGUAGGGUGUCAUUUGAGCUCAGCCCAUAGCUCACCUCAUUUGAAGCCAAUGCCUCACCUCUGCAUGUGCUUUCUCACUCAAGGUCAGGAGGUGUAUGACACAAAGAAAUCUAUCCCUUUCAGUUAUUUUGAAGGGGAAGCUACCUGAAGAAUAUGCUUUUUGUCCAUCUCGUGUUUUAUCUUUUCCAAUGUUUUUCUUGUUUUUUUUAUACAUUUUUGUUUUUACAAAGCAAUGUUUGUAAGAAAAUAAAUCAUGCCUUUUAAUCUUAAAUUGUCAUGCUGCAAUGCGCACCAUUUUUGUUACAUUUUUAUUUAAUAAAAAAAAAGAAAAUGCAUUUUUGUUUCUAUUUCAAAUCUGUAGUUUGGUGGAAUACUUUUGCUAGCUGGACAUUUUUUCAUAAUGUAUUUUUCUAACAUUGCUUCCUGUUAUCAAGUUAAUAUAGUAUCAGUACAAAUUGAGGGAGCUGACUUUAGAUGUAUAAAUAUAUAUUGAAUUGAGUACAAUGUGCUAAGAAACUUCUGGACCAGGCAUUGUGUAUACUAACAGUAGCAACAAAAUGUUAUAUUCUUUGUUCCUAAAGCUAUUUAAUAAGAUGUUACAGAAUUAA